AUGUUCAAAUUAAUUGCAUUGACUGUUUUUCUAGCCAUUUCUGGCACUCAAGCUUUCUGGACUGCAUGCCCAGGAGUUUUGGCACCAACAUCUAUUACAUCUGAUGUCUGCUCAGGAUCAUCAUGCAAUGUCCAACUUGGACAACAAUUUUCUGCUGAAGCAACAAUCACAUUCACACAAGCACAUGCUCGUUUGGACACAAGAAUUACUGUCUUUGUUCUUGGUGUUGGCAUCAAUAUUCCACAAGAUCCACCUUUAGAUAAUAUUUGCAACAGCUUGUUCCGUGAUGGAGUUUUGACUGGAUGCCCAACAACACCAGGCGUUGCCACUGUAUGGCGUAUUAAUUUGACUGUAACAAGCAACACACCAACAGUCAAUAAUGCACGUGUUAGAUUCGAAGGUUUGGAAAAUGGCGUAUCUCAAGUCUGUGCUGACGUUACUGCAACAAUUGCUUAA